CAUUAUUAUUCAGUGUCAUAAAAAACUAUAGAAAUGUACUUUAAAAUGUAGAAAACAACUGUUUAAACUGUUUGCAGUACUUACUUUAUAAAAUAUGAUAUUCGAUUUAAAUUUUCGUUGGCCUACUUUGGUUUUUGAGUUAGAUCAGCUACAGAGAAGAAAUAAUGUAGAAUUAAUCGACCUGCUCUUUAUGACUUUGUUUCUGUUACUCCUACAAAGUAUUUUGAAAAGACAUUUGUUUACACCAUUAGUGAAACGUAUGAAGAAAUUUUCACAAUCCAACAGAACUUCUGUGCGUAAUUCGAUUUUUGAACAGGCGUAUUUAAAGUCCCAAAUUUGGGACAGAAAAAUGAUUGAAGGUCUAGCUAAGCAGUCAGAAACUUCCUCUAAAGAAGUCAAGACGUGGUUAAAAUUGAAAAAUAAACAAAGUCACUACACCAACAAAAUUUCUACAAGUUUAUGGAGACUUAUUUAUCACACUGCUAUAAUAGCGUAUGGUACUGCGGUUUUCUGGGAUAAACCAUGGUUUUGGGAUAUUAAGGAAUGUUGGGUAGACGUCUACAACCAAAAGAUCACAAAUGGUGUUUGGUGGUUUUUUAUGAUAUCUUGGGCUCACAUAUGUUGCUCCUUCUUGACAGUUGAUACUUUAGAUUUUCGGAAAAAGGAUUUUUUUCUUACAUUGACACAUCAUGUUGUUCUUCUUGAAAUAAUGUGGAUCUCUUGGAAAGACAGUAUGAUCCCUUACUGCAGUAUUGGUUUAUUUUGUCAUGACUUUGCUGAUAUAUUUCUUCAGGUUUGCAAGUUAGCAAAAUAUUUCGAUCGUGAAUUUCUAUCCCGAAUAUUUUUCUUUGUUUUUAUGCUUGUGUGGGGCAUUACACGAUUGGGAAUUUUUCCUUUUUAUAUAAUUAAAAGUUCUGUUGUAGACCUUCCCCGUGUUGAACCCAUAUGGACGACUUAUUUUUAUUAUUAUGCAGGUGUUAUUUGCUUGUGUCUUAUUCAAAUUCUGCAUUGUUUAUGGACGUAUUUUAUUUUCAAAGUUGCAGCAAGACUCUUAUGGCACAAUGCUUUAUUCGAAGACCCUACGUCAGAUAAGGAAGCUGAAUAAACAUUGCUUUUUUUCCUUUUAUUUAAAAACUACUGUUGUUUUAUACCCACAGUUUCAUUUAUUAAAUAAAAUGCUUUAUCAAAUU